GGAGGAGGUUGAAAUGAGUCUGAAGGUGUAUAUAUAUAGAAGAGUCACUGGUGUUUUCAAGCAUUCUGCAUCUGGUUCUUUUUGCAGCGGUUCUGUACAAUGAGCGGGAAGGUUGUGCUUCUGCUGGCGCUGGUGGCCAUGGUUGCAGCCGACAGGAGGCCCCGCCCAACCUACGGCGCCCCACCUCCUCCUCCACCACCUCCCAGACCCACUUACGGUGCCCAGCAGGAAUCUUCCGAGGAGGUGGCGCCCCCCGUGUAUAACUUCCAAUGGGAGGUGAGGGACGAGUACUCCGGCAACAGGUUCGACCACCAGGAGGACCGGGAAUACGACAACACCAAGGGGUCCUACUCCGUGCAGCUCCCCGACGGCCGCCUGCAGCACGUCACCUACCACGUGGAGGGCGACUCAGGCUACAUCGCUGAGGUCAACUACGAGGGCGAGGCUCAGUACCCGGAGUCCGAUGAGUCCAGGGAAUACGGGUACGGGAAGUGAAGGAAUGUGAAGCAUAAGACCAAGUGAACCGUAGUAUGACAAUCUGUCGCUCGCACCGCUGAACUGCUAAGGAAUUCCCACUUGUUUGGUAAUACUGUCAUUCAUCUAAUACUAUACCAGUACCAGUGUUCUUCAGUGUUCUUCACUCAUCACUACCAGCCGGUAUUCACGUCUUUUUUUACUAAUACCGUUCAUCGUCACAGUUCAUACCUCCCCACACUUGUCCACCUGAUCUACCUACACACUCACACCUGUCGGGCCCCGUGUGGCUUACCUGGCUACCUGGCUAACUGGCUCUGGUCUACUUCUUGUCUGCCUGUCUGUCUGUCUCUCAUCCCAAGCCAAACACGAAUCUAUUUUUCAGUCUGCGCCUCUCGUCUCUCACCUUUCUGACCUUCUCGAUUUCUGUACCUCGUUCAGUUUACGAAAUGUGUGUUUAUUUUUGUAUUCUUGUGUAACGCGCAUGUCAGAAGUUAUGAAAAUAAUAAUAAAAAAAAAGAAGUGUAGAUGAA